CAAGGUGCGAGCGGACCGGCGGCGGGCUGCGGCGUGGAGCGGGGACGCGCGGCGCCCUGCAGCCCAGCCCAGCCCGGCGCGGGCAGGGACGAGCCGGCGGGUGGCGGUGGCGGCGGCGGCUCCCAGCCCGGCCGGUGCAGGGCCUCCGACCGAGCAGCGGCUGAGCGCGGCCUGGCCCGGGGCGCUGUGGCAGCCGCCGCGGCGGGCAGCAGGAGGAAGCGGCGGCGGCGCGUCCCGGGUGGCGUGCGCCAUGUCGGGCGGGCCCCCCAAGGCCCUGCCGUCCACGGGGCCCCACUCCCUGCGUGACAUGCCGCACCCGCUGGCCGGCUCCAGCAGCGAGGAGGCCGUGGGCGGCGACAGCACGCCCAGCCCGGACCUGCUGAUGGCCCGCAGCUUCGGCGACAAGGAUCUCAUUUUGCCCAACGGUGGUACUCCAGCAGGCACUUCAAGUCCCGCUUCUUCAUCUUCCCUUCUCAACAGACUUCAGCUUGAUGACGACCUUGAUGGUGAGACCAGAGAUCUCUUUGUCACUGUUGAUGAUCCCAAGAAGCACGUCUGUACGAUGGAGACCUACAUCACCUAUAGGAUCACCACCAAAAGCACUCGGGUGGAGUUUGACCUGCCAGAAUAUUCUGUUCGUCGAAGAUACCAGGAUUUUGACUGGUUGAGGAACAAACUAGAAGAAUCGCAGCCCACUCAUCUCAUUCCCCCGCUUCCUGAGAAGUUUGUGGUGAAAGGUGUUGUGGAUCGUUUUUCAGAAGAGUUUGUGGAGACCAGAAGAAAAGCUUUGGAUAAAUUCCUAAAAAGAAUUACAGAUCAUCCUGUGCUCUCUUUCAACGAACACUUUCAUGUUUUCCUUACUGCUAAGGACCUGAACGCCUACAAGAAGCAAGGGAUGGCGCUGUUGACUAGAGUGGGCGAGUCGGUCAAGCAUGUCACUGGGGGCUACAAGCUGAGGAGUCGGCCUCUUGAGUUUGCAGCCAUAGGCGAAUACUUGGAUACGUUUGCGCUCAAACUGGGAACCAUUGAUCGAAUAGCCCAGCGCAUCAUCAAAGAAGAAAUAGAGUACCUUGUGGAGCUGAGAGAAUAUGGGCCUGUGUACUCCACAUGGAGCACAUUAGAGGGGGAGCUGGCCGAACCCCUGGAGGGUGUGUCGGCUUGCAUCGGGAACUGCUCAACAGCCUUGGAAGAGCUGACGGAUGACAUGACAGAAGACUUUCUACCUGUGCUCAGGGAAUAUAUUUUAUACUCUGACUCCAUGAAGAGCGUGUUGAAGAAGAGGGACCAAGUGCAAGCAGAGUACGAAGCCAAACUGGAAGCUGUGGCCCUGUGGAAGGAAGACCGGCCCAAGGUGCCAGCAGACGUUGAGAAGUGUCAGGAUCGGAUGGAAUGUUUCAAUGCUGAUCUGAAAGCCGACAUGGAGAGGUGGCAGAACAACAAGAGGCAGGACUUCCGGCAGCUGCUCAUGGGAAUGGCUGACAAGAACAUCCAAUAUUAUGAGAAGUGCCUCAUGGCAUGGGAGUCGAUCAUUCCACUACUGCAGGAGAAACAAGAGGCCAAGUAAGCUCCCUCGUGGGACAGACUCUUCUGCCUACGCGGGGCAUGGCGCACACACCGGAAUGUCCCUGCGGUGCCAGAGAGGCGACACUGGGAAAACAACCACGGAAACAUCUCCCCUUUGUGUAUUUCUUUCCCUUACACCCCUCCCUGUGUCUGAUAGUUGGUUUCAAUUAGUAUUUAUUCCUUGGUGGAGUCUGUAAGGCUAUGAUCAUCUCCCACAGAGGAAGCGUACCUCCGUGUUGUGAAGGAACCUCCUAAAGUAACACUACGGACAUUUGAAACUGAGGGACAAGACAGCCCUCGGCUGACGUUUUGACAUCUCAUUAUGGUUUCCUGUUUGGGGACAGCAGAGUUGCCUGUUGUGGACGAGAACCCAUGUCCUGCUUUUCAAGGACGUGAGGAAGGCACGCAUAGAAGGCAGCUGUCGCUUUCCUUGGAUACGUGGCAGCUCUGGAAUUGACCUCCGUGGGCAUUGACUUGUCUCAGCCUAGAAGGAGGUGGUGGCACCUCCGUGGAAAGUCCCUCAUGCACAGUGGCCUGCAGCUGUGAGUGUAGCCUGCUGCCUGCUUGUGAUGAGUGACACCUGUUUUAUGGUUUCCAGUUGGUGCAGGACCAUUUAAAUCAGCGUCUAUAUGCAUCCAUGCUAGAGUGAGCAAGCCAGCGUUCUUGUCCUUAUGCGAUGCCCCGGGAAGCUGAGGGAGCAGUGCUCCCCGAACUUGUUUCUGACACUAGAAUGCAGUAGAUUUGAAACUGUUUUUGUGUAAAAUGAAAAAAGGUGCAUUUUUCUCGGUGAGUUUUUCAAUGUUUUUCUUUCGCUUGUUCAGUGUCAUCCGAGUAGAGAUUAGGCCUGUUCGGAAAUAUCUAUUGUCUUGAAGUCAGGGUAGCUCCCCAGUUGUUGAGGUCCGUGGGCACACACCAAGCUCCACCUGCCACAUCUGCUUUGUGCAAUUUGCCUUUACCUCACCAAAAAGUCCUAGUUUCAUGUUUCCUACUGUGUCCACUGAAUGUUUGGGCAACCUUUUGGUGAGAAGCUGGUAUGUUGUUAGGACACAGUUGAGAUUUUGUAAACUCAAUGUGAAUGUUCUACAUGAAGUGCUUUAACCUUCAAUAAUUCCUGGUCGGGAAGCAAAGUCAGAAUCUGGACGGGCCUCGAAGAGGACAAGCGCACCAGCGAACUCUCCGCUUCUAGUUGAGUUCAAGUCUCCUCAAUUUGCAGCCCAGCCCCUGGGUUCUGCUGGCCGCAUCUAAAGUCUUCAUUUCAAACUAUUACCAGGUUUCCUUUUCACAUCAACACAAAACUAACAGACACAAGGAUCUAUCUUCUAACUCAUUUUUUUUCCCCUUCCUGAAAUGAAGCUACAUAGGUCAUGUUUGCAUUCCUUCAUCUGUGGCUCAUUCCUAUAAAAUUAUAAAUCUGAGCCUCAAAGAAACGGUAGUAUUUUUUUUAAUGAAACAGCUGUGUUGAGACGCUGCUGCAUAUGUAAGUUAACCUGCAAAUACCGAUCAACCUGCAGCAUGUCGAAGUCACUUCAUUCCCUUUCUAACCGCAGGGUUGACCUUGCCUCAGCCACAGCUGUGAUGCUGUUGGGGCAGCCGUUGGACGGCACAGAACAGUUUGGUUCUGUUUCAUCGUGUUUGAAAAAGUCACAGUUUAAAUUAUAAUUUUUAUAGCAAUUGGUACUUGCCUGCACUGUCAGACCUCAUUCGUGCCAUUUUAAAAUCCUUUGAUGUGAAUUUUCAGUUUGGUACAAUUAGAAAUGUUCAUUGAAGCAGAAGGGUAAGAACAGUCCACCUACCCUGAGUGGUGACUCAGUGUUUCAUUCUACCUCUAAACCAUGAUGUUGGUGUGGGUACGGAUGUCCAGGUCCAACCUGACGGCCUGCUGAUAGAAUCGGGGUGUGUAUCGGCAACUUUCUUUUGAUAUUUGGCAGAAGACACUAAACUGACCAGGCAGCGAAUGCUCACCUUUGGGAAUGUGUAAAGCCUUGCCUUCUGGAAUGUGUGCUUUAAAAAUGUUGUCCAGUGUAACAAAUACUUGGAAAGAACUGUGGAAAGAGUUACGGGAAGACUAGAAUCUAGUCUGCUGCUAGUUGCCAAAGCCCAGGGACAUUCCUGUGUAAGGGUUAGUUGGGAAAGAAGGCAGCCCUUCAAACAAGUCAUUUGGUUCCUCGCUGGGACAUAUGGGGAAGGGAGUGGGUACACAGUCAUACCCUUACAGUAUUGGAGGCAGACGACUGGCUCUGAAGGGAUUCAGGCAUCUUGGGAUUUUGUCUUUCUCUAUUUGUUUGGUCCCCAAGUGAUGUUCCUGUGCUUUAAGACAGGAGAAAGGGCUAGAACAAGGCCAACUGUCCUCCAGCAUGCCGUUAAUAGCAGAGCUGGGAAAACCAGUGUAUGUUAGACUUCCUUGGAGAAAUGGCCUUUCCAGAGAAGGGACCCUUGUCCCUUACUUCAGGCUAGCAUGUGGUGAGGUGACAAUAGGCAGUAAAGGAGGCUCUCCAGUCCUUCCUACCCCCAUGGCUCCCUCGGGCCCCUGAGGGUCAGCAGCCCCAAGCAUUCGCCUCUUCAUGUCCCUCAGCACAGAGGUGAUUCCCUAUGAGAAGUGUAACUCGGAGACUUCUGUGCCAAAGACUGCCUUGUAGAGGCUUCGUCAGCCCAUCCUUCUUGGCUCCACAAAGUCCUGGUGCUGAGACCACCGACUCCUCUCGUGUUUAUUUUCCGGGAGAUUUUUGCUUGAGGACGCACCUUACCUCAGGCAGACAGACAUGGGCAGGUUUUGGGGCUUGAGCACAUGGCAGUGGAAUGGAAAGUCAUCCCUGUCAACUGCCUUUGGGCCUGGAUAGUGACAGGUUUCCUUCACCCAGGUUAAAAAUCCAGGCUAAGGCAGAAGAGAGAAUUCCCAGAAACUGAGCGAGUUUAGAGAUGUAAAUGAGUUGAAGAGAGCAGCUGUGAUCUGUGGCAGGUAUGGACACUGCUCUUCCUUAUCAUGUGCUGGAUCUACAGGAAGAUUCUAGGCUACUCUGCUCAAAGCAGGGAACCGCUGCUCCUAAUCGAUGAGGGAACGUCUUACACAGCCAGGUUUAGGGUUGGGUUUUGUCCUUUAAUAAGACUUAAUAACGAUUCCUAGUGAACUCUGCUAAGUGCGAUUAUGGAGGUGAUUGGCUCGUAUUUCACUGUGCUGCUCAUUGAACAAACCAACACAACUCUAGGAAUCGCGGUGAAUGUAUCAUAAGUUGGUCUUCAUGCCAAAAUUUCAGCUGCACCCAGGGUGCAUUCUAUGUGUUGUUGAAUUGAAUGUGCUUUCUCAGUUGCCAUCUACAUGAGGAAAUUAAGAGCACACUUGCUGCACAUUUCUUGUGAGUUUGCCUUUUGUGAUGGAACAAGGGAAGUUCUGCUUUAGAGGAGGGCAUAAUGGCCGUGUGGCAGUCUGCAAGUGGUGUUUGUCUCUUGGGAUGGUGUCAGACCAAGAAACACCCAGAAUUUGUGUGACUUGUUCCUGCCCUUGAUAGCAUUGAAAUCUCAGGCACCAGGCUCUGUUUUGACGCCAUUCAUUGGCUUGCAGUAUAGUCCUUCUCUGUACUAUCCUGAGAGAAGGGAGAGCAAGGUCUAGAGCGGCCUCCUAGGUCCGUGUUAGCCUCAUCUGUUUGGGUCUUGGGAUGGGUUAGCACUGGGCUCUACCUUGGCUGCCCUAAAGGGUGUUUCUGCUCUGAAGAUGGGCUGCCUGUGGUCAUGGCAGGGCGCACCAAUCCUGGACCCUGCCUUCCCAGACGCCUACUCUCAAGGCCUGUGGAAACUGGGUAAUCUGAUUAUAGGGCUGAGGUAACACUGCUUUGGCCACCCCCAUUUACAAAAUUAUGUUGGGAAUUUGGGUUUGCCUUCUCACUUUCAAAAGUCCUCAAGAUGGCAACAGAUUGGACAUCCUCUCUCACUUCUUAGUCUCUCUUCAGAUGGCAGGUGGCAUUUAUCAGUAAAUUAGAGGAAAAUGUCAUGCCCUGGGCCAGACUUACGGAUUGAGCUGGGCGUGUUGGAGUUGUUCUCCUCUUCCUUGUCGUUUAAGUCAGUGAAUAAACCAGAAACCGUUUUUCAUCAACCCACCCAAUAGGUGGUUGGCUUUUUGUUUGAAGGAUAUCGAGUCUCUCCGUAGUUGCACAGAUCAGAGCAUGCGCAGGACUAUCUGCAUUAUAAAGGUUGGGGGGCAGGGGGCUUUGUUAUAGGGAGUUUGACUGUUCUUAAUCAUAUGUGUUUGAAAUGCUUUCUGGGUAUGGCUGUCUAACUCCAUCUAUGUGGCAGAAAAAUGUAUUAUCCUGAUAAUUUUUACUACUACAGAUAGCCUGUAAAUAAGUGCUUUGAAAAAAUAACUGUAACAAACCAAUAAGAUAUUUGUCUCAUAUAUAAACAUUCUGUGUAUUUAGCACUUGAAAAUCAACAAAUCCAGACUUUCAAAAAUGCCACAGACUGUUAAAGAGGCCUAACUCAACUUUUUGAGAAUCUGUCAACACCUAUUAAUAUGCCUUAUUCUUCAACUAGUGUUUUUCAGAUUCUGGACAGAAAGCGUUUUUAGUAAUGUAGCCAGUUGUUCAGCUUCAAGACCAGAGGUCUAACAUAGCCAGUCCUUAGUCCUCUCAAAGAAAACAAAGAAGAAAGUGAGGUUCGUAAUAAGGGCUGCCUUUUGGGAGGAGAAAGCUAAGUAUUGCUAUUGCCAAAUGAUAUUUUUGAUAAUGUAAGGAAACACAGGGACCACAAAACCUUUUUUUAUUUUAAAGUGUUUUAGUGCCUUUUGGCACACUUUUGAUUGUAGAGGAUAUAUGGUAUGAGCACUGACAAAUCACAUAGCUACAAAGAACUCUAGAGAUUAUGACAAUAUUAAAGGUUUACUCUGAUUCUGCAGAACAGCUUUUGAAAAAAUACUGUGGGGGCCUCAGAGCAGCGUAUUUCACAUAGAAAUUCUCCACAGGUUGAAAUACCAAAAACAUAAAACAUACUGUGUUGACUCACAUAAUUUAGUCCACAUUAACAGAGCUUGUCCUAUUAAAGCCAGUGAUUGGGUAUGGCACGUGCGCCUCUCCCGGUAGCGCCACCCUCACCAGGUGAUUCCAGGCUCCCUGUAAGCCAGGUCAGAGCAGGGAGCACCUGUUGACACCCCAUAUGACGGGCUGGUUCACAGUCAAGACCAACCCUCCAGUCACAAAUGAUACUGGAAGGAAGGAAGGGGGAUUGCUUUGUCCUCGGUGUGGAAAUGGGGAGAGGAAAGUAGAUUGUAAACAAAAAUGUGCAUCAGUAUGAUAAAACGAUUCCUGGGUCAGCUGGGCUUUCAUCGAAUUACAAACCGGCAGCUCUUAGCAGUCAGCAUUGUUCGCCUGGACACCCCUGAGGUUUUGGUCCAGUCCAGUAGACACCCUGUCCCUUGUACUUCUGUGUGCCUCUUCCCUUGAUGUCUGUGAGUCGGGAAUGCCUUGAGAGAUGAUGUACAUCUGAUAGAUUCCCAUGAACUAAACUGCCAGCAAACUUUCUAACUUGUAUUUUAACUGUUGAAAAAGAGAGAAAAACUUUUGCCUAGGUCAUGUCCAAAUGAUGGACUGUAUUUCUUGUUUUUAGAAAUCAUCCUUUACAUUUAAAAUUUUAAAAGAAAAAACCCUGCUGAGGUAUUGAUAAAGUCCUCUGUGUAAAUACGUUCUCUUCUCUCCAUGCUGCCAUUACGCCAAAUCAAAAGCUGUGAAAAAAAAAAUGCGCUCGAGAAUGUGUGUAGAGGAUAAAGUGAUUUAUUUACAGAUUCAAGUCAUUGUUUCAUGAAGCCGCCAAACUUUAAAAAGAAUGUCACCUAUGUUUUCCUUGUUGUGGAACCCAGAGAUUGUAAAAAGCAAAAAAAAAGUUUUUGUUGCGUUUUUGAUGCUGGCACAAGGUUUUUGUCCACUUUUUUCCUUAUAUCUGUGUAUAAAAAAUUCUGUCUAUUGUUUACUAUGGGGUUAGUAUUACAUUUUGAGGUAAACAAAAGAAUUUGUAUUGCUUGAUAAACUAUUAGCUUGUGAAUUUAAAAAGGUUUCUUUACCUCAAUUAACUUAAAGUAAUGGACCAAUAAACCUAUAAAAGAUGCUCUCUUUACCUUGACUCGUUCUCAUUUGUACCGAUUUAUAGGACAGGAAAACAUACGUGCCUCCUAUUUUGUUUUCUUAUUUUUCCUAAAGAAGUAUCAGUUUGCCUGCGAGAAUCAGGAUAAUACAGAGCAACAGGAAAAAAAAAUGUAAUUGAACUAUUUUUAUUCUUCUUCACUUCUUUAUAGGCUUAUCCUCAAUUUACCUUCCUCUGUGUCUUACAAGUUGGCACCAAUCCGGGGAGAUGAAGAAACUACCUAGUGUUUAUACGUAA